AUGUGGAUACAGAUCUUCGUUUCUUUCACAAUAGCCGGUUACGUUUCCGCACAGGAUCUGCAGCAAUGCGUCCAAUGCGUCCAUCAAAACCAGAUGUGGUGUGUUGAUACAGGAAGCUGUCAGGAGAAGUCAGUCCCAUGCAAAACGAACAUCACGCUGUCGCUGAACUGCCCGCGACUUCCCGAUCCAGCCUACGCUUACAACGAUACAUUCGCUCGGUACUACAUUUAUCCGCUCAUCGGAGCUCUAUUCGGGGAGACUCCAGUGCCAUGUCUAAAAGCUCAACUGCCUUACGUCUCUUAUUACAAAACCAUAACGGUCAAAUGUUCUGACUUGUUGCCAAAUGUGACGUGCCACGGCUAUACCGCAUGGGAUCCAGUGGAAAAAGCCAUAAUAAUUGUUUAUCACGGUACCAGCAGUAAAACGGAGAAAAUUGAUGAAACAGCGAGCUUAUAUGAGAAAAAAGUGGCAUUUUUCGAGGAUGGCCAUCUUUUCAAAUACUUUCAUGAUGCUUUCAUGUUCAUAUGGGCCGGCGCUCUCGAACAACAAGUGCGCACCCUCAAGUACCUGUAUCCCGACUAUAACGUAAUUGUGACCGGCCACUCUACAGGCGCUGCACUCGCAGGUGUUACUGCAGCUUACCUUGUGAAAUGGAACUUCUGGUUGCCGCAGAACCUCCGCCUAAUCACUUUGGGUCAACCACGUACUGGUGACUACGACUUUGCUGAAUGGCACGACUCCACGGUAAUCUCCUGUUUUGCCUUGUUUGAAAAAGUUGCGCUAUUCGAGUGA